UUUCCGGCCGUUCCUCCUUUGGUUCUUCUCACCUCUUCCGUUUCGGUUCUUUACCGUCUUAGACCGCGUGUUCGCCGCAGCAAAUACAUUCUCAAAAUGGGUUUCCAAAAUAUCUGGUACUCCCACCCCAGGAGAUACGGUCAGGGUUCCAGGUCUUGCCGGUCCUGCGCCAACGGCCACGGUCUCAUCCGCAAGUAUGGCCUGAACCUCUGCAGACAGUGCUUCAGAGAAUAUGCCAACGACAUUGGCUUCAAGAAGCUGGAUUAGAUUCAUAGUUAAUUUUAAGGCUUCAACCCUUCAUCUACAUCUCUGAAGGUGCUCCUGAAAAUGUCAUCUCAAUCAGUGAAUUUAUUAUUAAAUGCCUAAAAAAAAACUUGAA